AUGGUUAAAACUGCUACGGAGAAUAACCCCUGCGCAUCUGUCGCAAGUGACAUUUGCGCUCUGUUCACUGCUUUACAAAAUGACAAUAGUAAGAAGGCCAUUUUGACUAAUCUGACCAAGUUAUUUCUUCUGCUGUACAAUGAACGGCUGAAGAGGAAAUUGUUGUAUGGCUCAAGGGAGGAGACGCGUUGCAGUGAUGACGAAGAGGACAACGCCAGUUUGAGAAGGAUCUUCAAGAAUGAUCUCAUUAUACUGGACACUGGGAAGAAGGAUUACACAAAAUACGAGCUGUGGCUGAACGAAUGUUACGAUAAAUUUUUAAAUAUGCUCUUUGAGUUACUUAGCCAUAGUGAUGAAGUUCUUGUAACAAAGAGUUUGUCCCUGCUGUUUGGUAGUCUCCAAUUUGAAUCCAAGAUAUAUAAUAGAAUAACUACCGAAAUGGGAAAGGGAGCUAGCCAAGUGGGGACAAACCUGCACAGUAAAAUUCCCACUCAUGUACGUGGUACUCCUCGAAAUGAGACGAAUAUCGCCAGCCACUGGGGGGAUGGCAGACCUAAGUUUAUAAAACAAAACGAGAUGAAAAGCAAUUUGAUGAAAGCGUUUCCCAUUAAACUUUUUAGAAAAAUAAUCUUCCAUCUGCUGAAAAUUGAUCAAAUUAGCAUCAGCACGAUAAAAUAUAUUUGCAAAAUAUAUUUGUGCUUUUAUUACGAUUUGAACUAUUAUUUUUUGUCCAUCUUGAAAUCCUUUUGCAUUUUGAGGAAGGAUCUCCGGGAUGAGAAGUUCUAUGGAGACGAUGUUGUGGCCAGAGAGGAUCAUUUAUCAGCAGAGAGAGGACACAACGAAGGAUUCACCACGAAAGAGCAAGUGGGACGAGGAGGUAAAGACAUAUUAAGGGAUAACCCUAAUACAAACCUGUUCAUAUUUAGCAUUUUAAUUAACUCUAUAAAACCGGAAAAGAAAACUAAAGACGCCCACAUUAGGAGGAAAGAUUACUUGAAGAGAGGCAGAAUUGACGAAUUAUUCUUCGACCUAAAUGACGAGGAGUUGAGAGGAUUGGCGAAAAGGAAGAAAAAGAAGAGACGUAUUUUCCGAAGGAAGGAGGAGAAAAUGCCAUACGACAAGGUCGAAAUGAAGAAAACGUUUUACAACUACGACACGGAUGACAGCAUUGUGCACUCGUCUGGCGAAGAAUCGGACGGUGCAUCUUCCCGCGAGGGAGACAGCAGCACAGGUGUAAGCGACACAGGACAGGGUGCCAAUUUUUUACGAAACGCGAACCUAAUGCACGGUACAAGCUUCAGCGACGAAGAAUUUGACCCAGAUAAGGUAGAAGAUUAUGUCAUUAGUCCAAAGAGGAAGAAAAAAAUCCAACUCAAAUUGAAAAACAGAAAGAAUAAUUUAUUUAUAAGUGAAAAUGUCGAUAAAAGGAUUUACGCCAGAUUGUAUACAAGUUGCUGGUUCUACUUUAUAACCUCAUUUAACCACAGACAUUCGAUGGUUCUCCAGUUAUUGCACUCCAUUCCACUGUUUGUAUUUCCAUACACAAAUAAUCCUUUCUACCUUAUCGACUUUUUCAACUAUUCCUUUUACUCGUCCCAGGGUUUGUACACAUCACUGGCUGCUCUUCCAGGCAUGUUUUACAUCCUGACGGACUUAAACGUUGGGAAUUUGCUGCAAGGGGGGGGAGGGACGGGGAAAUCCGAGGAGGGUAGUGACCGAAUUGAUGAAGAAAUGAACGGGGGAGAAAGCGAGGAGGAGGGCGAAGGAAAAAAUGAAGAGCCAACUGAACAGAGAAUUGCCCCCAAAAGGAACCACCCAGACGAAGGGGAGAACAAGUUGAACGAUAAUAUGUACACGGAUUACUACAAGAGGCUAUUCGAGCUGAUAACACCAGCGAGCUUCUACUAUGCCGAUACGAGCUUCUUAAAGAUAAUUCACGCAUCUAUAAAGAACCAAAUGAUCCCACUGCACUACGUCAUAUCCUUUUUGAAGAAACUUCUGCGAGUAGCUUGCCUGACCUCCUACAACGUGUCGAUAAACAUCCUCAGCGUGGUGUAUGACUCCAUGAAUUAUUUCCACAGCGAAUUAAAAGAGGCCAUGUCCCUUUCCGCCUCGGUUUUUAUGAACCUAGAAAUUAAAGAGGAUUUAUUUUGCUAUCAAGAUUUGGGCAAAAAUUUUGAAAAAAAAAAAAUCGUCCAAAUGUUGUGCGAUGGAGAUGAAGGGGAUACAGAUGGGAAUGUAGAUAGAAAUGGAGAUGGCAAUGCAGAUGAAAAUGCAGAUGGGAAUGUAGAUAGAAAUGGAGAUGGCAAUGCAGAUGAAAAUGCAGAUGGCAAUACAGAUGAAAAUGCAGAUGGCAAUGCAGAUGGCAUUGCAGAGGGCGAAUUCAUGACUAGUUUGGUUCACUCGGAGGGGGAGGACGAGUGUGAUCAUCAAGUCGCGGCACCAAACGGGGUCGAUAACCAUCUGUGCGCGGAACUGCGCGUAACGGAGAAGGACAUCACCCUUCUGCAAGCCACCGAUGCGACGCCGGAACUCAAUUCGACCAAAAAGCUGUUCAGCCUGCAGGAGUGCCUGCCAGACAAGUAUCAAAUAAAUUUGAACACUCUGAACAGGAAGGAGCUGUACAUGGCCAACCACAUAUUUUACGAAAUAAUUUUGCUGAACAACCAUUUGUGCGAGAAUUUGAAACAAUACUCGAAUGUGUAUCACUACAGCUUCGGCAGCGAUUCGUUUGCCAAACCGCAAACUUUUUACACGAACCCGAGUAAGUUAAAUUUGCAGAUGGAGAGUUCCCUUUUUGGCUUUCUAAAGAAUUUUUUGAGCUUUAAAAAGAGGAAAGAGGCGGAUAUAGUGCCUUGUGUGGAGAGGAAAGGUUUUUCAACGGUCUUCCUAUGA